UAACCAUGCCAGCGCUAAACUCCCCCUCCCCUCAUUUCUUCCUCUAUAAAUAUAAACCCUUUUAAUCUCCAUGCAUACACCAAAGGCUCUCUCAAGCUGCCAAAGCUAAACCACACUCCUAAACCCUUGUUAAACCCUUUGUUAAUUUAAUCAGCUUUUGAAAUUACCAAUGGCUUCUGGUAGGAGUUCUUCUAUGUGUUCCAUAUGGAUGAUUGUCCUUCUUGUGGGUUUCACAGGGAGCUCUUCUGCUCAGCUCUCUACAAAUUUCUAUUCGAAGAGUUGCCCUAAGGUUUUUCAUGCAGUCAAAUCUGUUGUGCGGUCUGCUGUGAAAAAAGAAAAGCGCAUUGGAGCUUCCCUCCUUCGCCUUCACUUUCAUGACUGCUUUGUUAAGGGUUGUGAUGGGUCUGUACUGCUGGACGACACUUCUUCCUUCACAGGAGAGAAGACUGCAGCUCCCAAUAAUAACUCUCUUAGGGGAUUUAAGGUUGUGGAUAAGAUUAAGUCCAAAGUGGAAAAAAGAUGUCCCGGCGUCGUUUCAUGUGCUGAUAUCUUAGCCAUUGCUGCUCGAGACUCCGUUAAAAUUCUUGGAGGACCAAGUUGGAAAGUUAAACUUGGAAGAAGGGAUUCCAAGACAGCUAGCCUUGCUGCUGCCAACAGAUCCCUCCCUGCUCCCACUUCUACCCUCAGCCAGCUCAAAACUGGAUUCCGAGCUGUAGGUCUCAAUGAAAGGGACUUGGUAGCCCUAUCUGGAGCGCACACGAUCGGGAAAGCAAAGUGCACAUCUUUCAGAGUUCGCAUAUAUAACGAGACCAACAUUGAUGCAUCAUUUGCCAAGGCCAGGCAAAGAAAAUGCCCAAGGACCGCAGGAGACAACAACCUUGCACCUUUAGACGUCCAAACUCCCCACACUUUUGACACUGCUUACUUCAAGAACCUCAUCAACCAAAAGGGCCUCCUCCACUCUGACCAAAUUCUCUACAACAAUGGUGGAUCCACAAAUUCAUUGGUUAAAAAGUACAGCGGCAGUGCCCAUACCUUCAAUUCCGACUUUGCCAAGGCAAUGAUCAAGAUGGGAGAUAAUAAGCCACUCACUGGAUCCAACGGUGAGAUUAGAUUGAACUGUAGGAGGCCUAACUAGCUAGCUAAGCUAAGGAGGUACUUUCUCUGUCACAAGAAUAAACCAGAAUUGGAGGUUUCACCCAGAUGUUGGGAGAAUUAUUGUUUUGUGUGAGAUAUAAGGUUAUUGUUUGUUGAGUUGAGUGAGAAUUUAAUUAGCUGGUGUUUUUUAUUCUUCCAACGCAUAAAAGCAUGUUUUUUAUUUCAAGAAAUUCAUAUUAGCUAAAGUUGUUUA